GAGGGGCGUCAUGGCCGGCGAUGGGGACCGGCUCCGCGCCUUGCUCCGCGCCGCCAGCGCGCUCCUGCAGCAGCGCCGGUACCGCGCCGCGCUCGCCGUCAUCAAGGGCUUCCGUAACGGCGCCGUUUAUGGAGCAAAAGUUCGUGCCCCACAUGCCCUGGUGAUGACUUUCCUGUUCAAGAGUGGAAGUUUAAGAGAGAAAUUGAAGGCGAUUGCUCAGGCUACGUACACUCAUUCCCGGAACUUGGCAUAUUUUGUGUUCACCUACAAGGGGCUGAUGGCGUUGCAGUCCCGACUGCAGGGGAAGAAAAUCCCAUUUCAUUCUUUCUUUGCAGCCUGCAUUGGGGGUUGGCUCGUGUUUGGUGACAACAACCCCAUCAACAGCCAGAUCAUCAUGUACCUGCUGUCCCGGAUCCUGUUUGGCCUGUCUCGGCUGGCAGUGGAAAAGGGCUAUAUCCCACAGCCAAAGCAGGAUCCCUUUCCGCUCGUUGCUGCUCUGAUCUGGGGCACAGUUCUGUGGCUCUUCGAGUAUCACCGGCACACCCUGCAGCCCUCCCUGCAGUCCUCCAUGACCUACCUGUACGAGGAUAGCAACACAUGGCACGACAUCUCUGACUUCCUCAUUUAUAACAAAAGGACAGAUAAGUAGGUGGGUCAUUGUAAAACAUCUCUGAAUGGGAUGGCACCUUCUGGCAGCUAAGGGAAAAGGUUCUUCUGUUGCUCCUGACUGGUGAUUUAGCUAUAUUAACAGCUACUAAGCAGAGUUGCCUCUUGUAUCCUGGCCAAAGUGUUCUGAUCAGUCUUUUCUUGGCUCUGUUUAGAGUGAGUAAAUACCCUCCAGAAACUUGGUGCAGUCUUUUUUAAGAGAGGCCUUAUUUUCCCCACAAGAAUAGCUUUGGGGCUUUUUUAAGAGACUAAAUAUACUUACAAAAUAUCAGCCUGACAGUAUGUCUAACCAUGAAAAACCGUUCUGGGAUCAUCUGACUGCUCACUGUGCACCCCAUAGUGGGAGGGGGGCAGAGACCUGCUCACAUCUCAAAGCAAAACUAUCAUUUCUUGAUUUCUGUGGCUGACUGGCAGUCUUGUUUAAGCUAAUCCAAGGACAGUGUGUGCUCCUUAAGAGGGUUUCUCUGCAGUUUGCGCUCAGGGAGACAUUAAGAUGUUGGAGGAAUAAAACUGUUAACGUUGUCUGAUAGGAGCCUGGGAAGUGGGGCUUGGAAAGAUUACUUUUGUUUGGUUUCUUUCAUGCACUUGGACUGAAUCUGUCCCUCUGCAAAUGCACUAAUACCCUGUUGUUAUUUGAAACUUACUGGUAAAGUUUUUAAGAGCUUCUUGAACUAAAUACCAAGAACAGUUACACAACUCGGGCUGCUCUGGAAACAGGCUGGAGUCCAUUGCACACCUCAGAUAGCACCCUGGUGCUUCACAUGUAUGAGUGAGCAACACUUGCAACAGCACUUUUCUUUAGGUGAAAGAUAAGCACAUGGGUUUCUUGUAGGGCCAGAAUCUGCCCUCCCCAGCAGUGGCACAUGUUAGUGGUAAUCAAACUUGAAUGUACCUGUAGUUUGUUGAGUCCACGAGUGAAUAGAUGAGUGAAUCUUCCUUGUCAAAGUACCCUGCUGAGCCCCAGGAGUAGCGCAGCACACCCGGGGCUGGAACAGGAGAUCAACCAGAUAGCUGGGAAAGGACAAAAGCUAUUAAAAUGAAUAAACUAAAACUGUUAGUGUAGAAUGUUGCUCUGCCAUAUAACACUAAACCAUUCACUUAAUAAUGUACAUUAAAAUAAUUCCUAAUGCA